CAGGACAACUUCACAGACUCGAGUUCGAACCCUUCGGUCAUUCGUUUCUUUCCUACUCCGAUCACAAUACUCGAUAAGGGAAAAGGCACAUCCUGGUCCGAGGCUAAGAUAAAUCUUUCAACUAUAUCCUCCACUCGAAGCAUCUUCAUUUUUCAACGGUAAAAAUGUGCGACUAUACCCAGGUUGAAUUUCGUUGUGGUUAGUGGUGAUUUUUUCUUUGCUUGUAGGAAUUCUAUGUAUGUAUUGACGAACAUAGACUAACAAAGUUUCGAUUGCUUAAUAGGUCACGUUCGAUAUACGGUGCGGGCAUGGUGUAUCAAUUAUGAGACGACACAUCGCCGCUGUCCACCUAAUGUUGUGGCCGUAGAGUUUAGGUACGCAUUUCAGUUCUUGUGUCUUUCAACAAACAUCGUGUCCCAAUUUUCUCCGAAUCAUUUAUACUAAUUGUGGAUAUUUAUAGGUUGGGCGAAUCAGAAAUGUGUGGUUAGUAGAACCCCUCCUUCACUUCCUGGACGGAACUUCCUUCGAGUCCAGACCGUUGGGAUCGAACACGAAUUAAUAUGAUAUAUCUUCCACUUACUAACACCAUUCUAGGAGACUGUAAACAUGUGGGAGAGAUGCCAGAAUGGUACUCCAGAAUCACGAAGAAAACGGCUCGAAUUCAUGUAUGAUGAAUCAUUGACUCGCUCACAUUCGGACUUGGCCCUCAUCCACCUAUUAUGUAUGACGACGAAAACCGGGAACAACGAAAGAAUAAACAGAACAGAACAGAAAAGAACGAAAAUAAAAGGAAUAAUAUCGGAUUAAUUGGAACUGGGAGCGAAAGGGGCGAAGAAUUUUCUGGAUUAUUUACUGACCCGGCAUACUUCUUACCCUUACAUAUGUUUGUAUAGUAUGUUGGACACAAAGGUCUCUAGCGCAUGGUUUAUUGGGAAAUGCAAAGAAUAACAAUGAUAUGGAGCAAAGGGAAUGGAAGGCAUAGGAAAUGGAAAUCGGGUAUGGAGUAGGAAAUCUUUUAUACAUUACAUAUCCAGCAACGGACGGGAAAUUGGGAAAUCAUUAGGAAAGGCAGAGCAGGCAAGGAAAUUGGAAGGCGUUCUAUCAAAUGAAUGGUGCAAUGCAUGUUGGAAAGGAAGGAACUUCUUACAGGGAAAUCACUCGCAGGAUUAGGGAGUUUUCAUUUAUUUUUUGUGUUUCUUUUCUUUCGACAGAUAUGAAAGGUUUAUUGUUGGGAUGAUAAUGGAUCAUGGAGAAUGAGAUGUAUGUAUUCCGCAUACAAACAUUUUAAACAAAACAAA